GCGCGGCGCGGCGCGGCUCGCCCACUGGCCGCUCCCCCGCAGCAGGCUCGGGCUGGCGGCCUGGGGCUUGCAUGGCCCCGUGACCCUCCCCGCGGCGGCGCGACCCCUUCUGGCGGCACCAUGCUGGGCUCGGACGCGUGCGAGUUCGGCGGGCAGCUGCUGGAGCUGCUGCGGCUGGCGGUGUGCGCCCGAGAUAUCGUGGCAGACAAGGACGGUGUGACGCCUCCCCUAGAGGAGGAGAUGGAUGACGUGGACUUGGCGUACAGGGCCCCGGAGAAGAAGACCCUCCAGGAGAUCCAGCAGCUGGACAAGGACGAUGAGAGCUUGAACAAAUACAAGCGGGUGCUGCUGGGGCCCAUCCCAGUGGGUGUCGGUAAGGCCCCGGCCCAGUCUGUGGGAGGAUGGGAGGGGAUUUCUUGGUGGGGGAGGGGGUCUCUGUUUAAUCCUCACCCGGGGGCAGUACCAAUGGAGGAGGAGCCAUGUGGAAAGUUCCUUACCUGGCUCCUUUCAGCUCUAAACUUGGAAGAGCAGCUGAGUCCU